AUGCUGCAGCCCAGCGUCGAGGACUAUUACUCCGAGCUCACCCCAGGACUCCCUGCUUCCAUCAAUGCCACACCCGAUCCUGCUCAACGCCGAUCGUACUCAACUUCGCGACUGCGCCAAUCUCAGAAUCAGAGACCCUCGAGUCCUCCCACCAUCUCGUCCAUGCGAUCGCCCAUGCCACACUUUGACAGUACACCCAACCAGAAACCGCAUAGUCUGUACCAAGAAUUGCAAAAGCUGCGCGCACUCAAUGAAUCUCUACAAACCCAGCUUGACACGGAGCGUGCGUCUCGUCGUUAUCAGAGAUCUGAUCGGUCGCAAAGCAGAGGUCGUUCUGAGGAUGGAAAUGAGCUGGAGUCGCUACGAGAAGAGCUAAAUCGUAUGCGCGACGAAUCCCGAAACCACCAGAGCCGGAUGCAGGAGCUCGAAUCUAACCUGGAAGAGUCAAAGGCAAGCGAGAGGGAUGCUACGAAGCUUGCAGAGGAUCGCGCAAAAGAGUUGGACCAGAUGCAUGACAGUGAAGAUGCCGAAAUACACAAUCUGCAGAUUCAGCUUGGUCAAGCUCGUGACGCGGAACGUCAGACUCACAGCUCGCUUGACAAGAUCAAGGAUGAGCUGAAAGCAAAGGACAACUUGCUUGCAGACGUUCGGAGUCAGUUGAAGCAAUCGCAAGACAAUCUGAGGGAGACCGAAAACGAUAUGCAAGAUUUGAAAGUCUGGAACGAGGAUCAACGCAAGGCAAAGAGCAAUGAACUCGACCGCGUUCAACAGGAACUCUCUGAUACUCGAAGAGAUAUGCAGCAAGCGAGGGAUGAUCAUGAGGAGGAUUUUGCCGUCAACCGUACCAAGGUCGACAUGGAUGAUGAGCUUCCAACAUCCGAAAGGCAGGCAAAACUCGAAGGCCAGAUUGCAAGUUUGCAAGCUCAGCUUGAAGAUAUGCGCAAGACGAUUGAGAGCAGGGACAAUUUGAUCGCAGAGCUCAAGUCUCAGAUCAAGGAUGACCUCACGAGCGAGAGCCUCAAACAACGACUAGAGCAAGCCCAAGAUGCUCUUGCGACCAAGGAGAAGGCUGUCCAGGCUGCCCACGAAGAUGCAAAUACCAAGGCAGCAGAGAUGACCCGAGGACUUGCACAACAAUUACAACAAGCAAAGCAACAGAUUGCUGUGUUCCAGGCUGAAGCAGAUGAGGCACAGAAAGCUCAGAACGUACCUCCAACCGCGGACCAAUUGUUCGAGCACAGAAUGCCUAGUCAGAAGCCUAUCGGGCAGAAUGAUAUAUCGAAUCUGACCACAGAACAACUCGAAGCUGCGUUACGUACAACACAACUUCAGCUAAACGAGGUCUCGAAGCUCCAUGCGCAAGAAAAGGAAGCUUGGGCAAGAGCAGACAACGAAGCUCGACGAUCUCGAGCUGAUGUUUAUGAUCAGUUGAACAAGGAAUCAGAGAAGCGUAUGAGAGCAAUUGAAGAAGUGCAUUCUCUACGUGAAGAGCUGGACAUGCUCCAGCAAUUUGACCGCAUUCAAGACAAGUCGCCCUCCGCUUCUCACGACAGCUCAACACAAAAACUCGCGGACGCUCUCCGCAAAGACCUUCAAGCCUUGAAAACUCAACUCGAAUAUCAGCAACAAGAACAUCACGAGGAGAUAGAACGACUCCGCAAAUCCUGGAUCGAGCCAUCAUCACACUCUGACUCUGCAGCCUUCCAGACGUUGAGGGCAGAACAUCGCCGCACGAUCGAUCUCAUUGAAGAAGGCAUGACCAGCCUCCGCACCUCCCGCGACACCCUGUCCCUGCGCAUCAAUGAACUUUCCACCACCCUUUCCACUACACAAUCAGAGUUGAAGACCACCGCCAACUCACUCGCCCUCGCCGAAGCAGAUGUUGCCGCCAAAACCUCUGACCUACAAGCUUUGACUCUGGCAUCCGCUGCUGCUGAGUCGAACCUCGAAGCCACAACAGCAGCGCUCGAGAAGACAAAGACAGAAUUGUCGGAUCUGCAUGCACUGAAUCUGGAUUUCGAUACCAAAUUGUCCACAACACUUGGGAAGAGAGAAGAUUCGUGGCGUGCCAAGGUCAAGGCUUUGAAAGAGCAGCUUGUCGAGCAGAAAGAGAGGAUAGCAUUGCUGGAAGAGGAAAGAAAGGGUAUGGCCAAAGCCCUGAUGGGCUUCUGGGGCAGAGAUGAGUUUGGAGGGGAUGAAGUCGAAUGGGAUGACGGAGACGGUACAGGCAAGGAAGGCAAAAACGGCCAGAAAUUUAGAUAUCGAUUUGCUAGGGGGGUUGAGGGAGUGAUGUUAGUGAGGGCUUGCGGUUGUUGA